AAAGAGAGCAUCAUGCAUGACGAAAGAACAAUUAUUGGAGUAAAAAUUUUUUAAAAUCAGAGUCACUGUAUGGAAGUAUGGUAUUCUAAUAAUAUUCAGAAGCUUUUAAUUUGGUCCAAAAAAUCAGAAAAAUAAAAAUAAAAAUGACAUGUCCCAUACUUAUAUUCACGUGAAAUCUUUCAGUCCAGCAAAUCUUUAAUCCUUAAAAUUAAAUACCAAGAUUUUUUGUGCUCUAUAAAUAGAAUUUUGGUUCAUUUCAUUUGAUCCAUCACACUAUACUCUAUAUCUCUAAGAAACUUUAAAAAAAAAAAAUUCAAAAUGGCUUCAACUAAAAAUUUGCUCAUUUUUGGUCUUUUAAUUGCUAUUGUCCUUAUUUCUUUACAAGUGGGAGCUUCAUCUACUCAAAAAAAUAAGGCGAGUGGUGAUGUACAAGAAGCUCAGCUCGGAGGUGGUGGGUACCCGGGGAAUGGACGCGGUGGGGGCUACCCUGGGCGUGGUGGGGCCUACCCUGGACGUGGAGGAGGUCGUAACGGAUAUCCAUGGAGAGGUUGCAGAUAUGGCUGUUGCCGUGGGUUCCGUUAUGGCAAGGGAUGUGCAAAAUGUUGCUUCACUGCUCAUCAAACACCUGAUGCUGUAUUUGAAGAUGAUAUCAACAAUUGAUUGAUCAUGUUGUGACCUAAAGAUAUGUUUUUUUUUGUCCUUUUAAGGAAUAAGGCAUGUUGUUGUCUAUAUUUGGACACAUACUCAUGUUUGUGUGUGAGUGUGUGUUCAAUUGUUUGACAUUGCCAAUGAAUAAAUCACUAUUGUUCUAGGAGGUUUUGUUGUGAUUUUUGUAUUUUAGUUAUAAUGUAUGCAAUUUGGAGUUUUGAACUAGUGAGGUUGAUCUUAUGUUAUGUCUUAUUGCACUUUUUCUUAUGAUAUAUCUCAACAAGUAUACCCUCUUUUCUA